AUGGCCGCGGCUUUAAUCUCAAUGGCACCAUUGAGAACACGAGACCGCAACAUCUUCUUAGUGAUUGACUUUCAGUCGCAGUUUGAAGGAUUAGGGCGUCUGUUUCUUGCAGCAAUCUCAUCCAAUUGGAAUGCCAACUACGAGAUUUUAGCGCCCAAGGGUGGCCUCGCCUCACGCUUCUUUUAUCACCCGCCGAUGACAUAUAAUAAUAGGCGAGAACUGAUUACUUUAUGA